AUGGCUAUCCAAAUAGUUUCCGACCUUCAUCUCGAGUCCCCGAGAGCUUACGAUAUUUUCGAAAUUGUGCCACAGGCACCUUACCUAGGCCUUCUUGGCGACAUAGGAAACGUUGCUGCGCACAAGGAGGAGUGCCUCGCUUUCUUGACACAGCAGCUUCGGCAAUUUCGCGCUGUUCUAUUCGUCCCUGGAAAUCAUGAAGCGUAUCAUUCCAGCUGGGGUAUCACUCUCAAGAUUCUUCAGGAUUUCGAAGCAGCUGCGAAAAAGGACUCGUCACUAGGAGACUUUGUACUACUCGACCGCUCUAUGUUCCGGGUACCAGACUCCAACGUCGUCAUCUUAGGCUGUAGCCUGUUCUCUCUCAUUCCGCCCGAAAGCGCCGAUUCGGUCAGCAUGGGACUCCAGGACUUCUUCCAGAUCGAUGAUUGGGAAAUCAGCUCGCAUAACGAAGCCCACAAACGAGAUCUUUCUUGGCUCAAUUCCCAAGUCGCAGAGCUCGAGAAGUCUGAGGUCAGAAUCAUCAUCUUUUCACACUGGAGUCCGACGAGAGAUGCUCGGGCGUCUGAUCCAAGGCAUUCACAGAGUCCCAUCAACAGUGGUUUUGCCACGGAUUUAUCAAAGGAGGAUUGCUUCAAAAGCGCCAGAGUCAAAAUUUGGGCAUUUGGUCACACGCACUACAACUGUGAUUUCAGCGUUGAGAGGGAAGGCGAUACAGAGCCUCUGAGGCUGAUUGCGAAUCAGCGAGGAUAUUACUUCGCGCAGGCAGCAGGAUUCGAAGAGAAUAAAGUCAUUGAGAUAUGA